AUGGAGGCAUCUGGAUUAAAUUUAUGCCAAAGGCGAUAUGCCCUUGAGAUUCUCGACGAAGCAGGUUUCACUGACUGUAAACCUGUUCACACUCCCAUGGUGCCUGGUGUUAGACUCACUAAAGACGGUGGUACCAUUCUCAGUGAUGCAUCUGGUUUCAGGCGGCUUGUUGGCCGCUUACUCUACCUCACUGCGACUAGACCGGACAUAACUUUUGCCGUCCAACAGCUCAGCCAGUACGUUGAUGCACCAACGACUGAACAUUUGGCAGCUGCACAUAGAGUUCUCCCGUAUAUCAAGAAGGCUCCUGGCCAGGGCCUGUUCUAUCCUAAACUAAACGACAUGCAUCUCAAUGUCUUCUCAGACUCCGAUUGGGGUUCUUGCUCAGACACUCGCCGGUCAAUAACCGGAUUCUGUAUUUUCCUUGGUUCAGCCUUAAUAUCGUGGAGGUCGAAGAAGCAAGCCACCGUCUCCCGUUCAUCAUCGGAGGCGGAAUAUCGUGCACUCGCAGCCACCGUCUGUGAAAUUCAGUGGAUUACGACGCUGCUGCGUGACCUGCGAAUACGCCUACAUAAGCCAGCUGCUCUAUUUUGCGACAACAAGUCGGAAAUUGCCAUCGGAGAGAACCACGUGUUCCACGAGCGCACCAAACACUUGGACAUUGAUUGCCACAUUGUGCGAGAGAAGCUUAACCAAGGCGUCAUCAAGCUUCUAUCUGUUUCCUCCUCUGCUCAAGUUGCAGACGGCUUCACUAAAGCCCUCCCUAUUUCAUCCUUUCAAACAUUCGUGUCUAAACUGGGUGUUCAGGACCUUCACACUCCAUUAAUUCUUUUCAUUCUCACAUGGAAUAAAACGCUCUCUUCUUCUUCGCGUUCUGAAUGUUAG